AUGGCCGCCACUACGCAUCGACAUUGGCCGGGCACACUGAUCGCCGAUGGACGACUGGAGCUUCUCUCGACGCUCGGUCUCGGCGCGUACGGCGUCGUGUACCUGGCCCGCGGGGUACAUCGCCCCCAGUACUACGCCGUCAAGUGCCUGAACAAGGUCGGCCUGGAUCAGCGGCAGCGUGCGUUCCAGCUGCGUGAAAUUUUCGUGCACACCAUGAUGUCGAAUCACCCCAACGUCGUGCGACUGCACGGCGUGCUCGACCACCCGGGGGACGCGUCCGUCUACGUCGUCCUCGAGUACUGCCCCGACGGCGACCUGUUUGAGAUGAUCACAGAGAAACAGCGCUACUAUCUGCCGCCAGAGCCGUACGUCGCCGAUCCACGCGCGAGCGAUGGCCGACCUAUACCCGAGCACCCGUCGUACACCCGCGCCCGCGCUGAGAUGGACGCGCUCAUCAAGGACGUGUUUGACCAGAUCCUCAGUGCCGUCGAGUACUUUCACCGAGUGGGCGUGUACCACCGCGACCUGAAGCCCGAAAACAUCUUGUGCAGCGACGGCGGCCGGCGCGUCAAGGUCGCCGACUUUGGCCUCGCCACGAGCGACCGCAUGAGCUCCGACUUUGGGUGCGGCAGCUCGUUUUACAUGAGCCCCGAGUGCCAGGGCGGCAUCACGACGCGCCUCACAGAGUACAGCACCGCCGCGAACGAUGUGUGGUCGCUGGGCAUCAUUCUCAUCAACCUCAUCUGCGGUCGAAAUCCGUGGAAGCAGGCGACGUGGCAGGACGACACGUUUCGCCAGUACCUCCGCGACCCCGACCUCCUCGCCAAGAUCCUGCCCAUCUCUGACGCCGUCCACGCCAUCCUCCGGCGCAUCUUUACCCUCUCGCCCGAGACGCGGUGCUCGGUCAGCGACUUGCGCCGCUGGAUCCGCGCCGUGCCGCGUCUCCAGGCCUCGAACGAGGAGCUGUGGCGGCGAUACCACUUCUUCGAUACCCCCGACUCGCCAGACGCUUCCGUCGACGCCGUCUUCUCCGGCCUGUCGCUGCACGACGCAUCGUCCAGCUCGCCCGAGGCCAGCACCCCGGCCUCCCCUCUCGCACCAUCGCCGCCACCGCCGCCGCCACCGCCGUGGUCCGCCUGCUCUUUGUGCUGCCACACGCGCGAUGCACGCGCCCUCGCCAUCUAG